CGCGGGGAGAAGUGAAGGCAAAGCACUGGCUGGGAUACCUGAAGGGGAAGGAAGCAGAAUUAAGUAGAAAAGGAGCGAUAAUAAAAAAUUAACAGCGCUAUUCUAGUAUGCACCUAACCUAAGUCAUGUUUCUGUAACAAAUUUGUGUCAUAUAGUUGGAUACUUGUAAACAGCGUGCUGGCGUCAUGUCUUAAAGUUGCAGUUGUUUUCGGUGUACUCUGGAAAAACAGAAAACCAACGGGGAUUGAGAUUUACUUUUUAUGUUUUAUGUAAAUGUAUCUCAAAGCUGUGUAGAACUGAAGUGGUACUAGGCAAGCUGAAAAGUCUGACAGAUUUGUGUUCAUGUUAAAGCUGACAGCCCUGGGAGUCCAAGUAUGCCUCAGGAAGAUAGACAGACUAGCCUAGCCCCUCCCCCACCUUUUCACAUGUGAAGUCUCUGUUCAGACAGAAGGAAACCAUCAAAAUACCUUUUGCCAAUUUAGGAAGGAAAAGAGGAAAGAGACCUACUGGUGUCAUCUUUACAGUAAAAAAGUGGGAGCUGCUGCCAAGUUUGUUCUGUGAGCACCUCUUGCUGAGCACCAGAAAUAUGGAUAGACUUCUGCGACUGGGAGGAGGUAUGCCUGGACUGGGACAGGGGCCACCAACAGAUGCUCCUGCAGUCGAUACAGCGGAACAGGUUUAUAUCUCUUCCCUUGCACUGCUGAAAAUGUUGAAGCAUGGUCGUGCUGGUGUCCCUAUGGAAGUUAUGGGUCUGAUGCUUGGGGAAUUUGUUGAUGAUUAUACUGUGAGAGUGAUUGAUGUUUUUGCAAUGCCACAGUCCGGAACGGGUGUCAGUGUGGAGGCAGUUGAUCCUGUAUUUCAAGCAAAAAUGUUGGAUAUGCUGAAACAGACGGGAAGACCUGAGAUGGUAGUUGGUUGGUAUCAUAGUCAUCCUGGCUUUGGCUGUUGGUUGUCUGGUGUAGAUAUCAAUACUCAGCAGAGCUUUGAAGCCUUAUCAGAAAGAGCUGUUGCUGUGGUGGUGGAUCCCAUUCAGAGUGUAAAAGGAAAGGUUGUUAUUGAUGCCUUCAGAUUGAUCAAUGCUAAUAUGAUGGUCUUAGGACAUGAACCAAGACAAACAACUUCAAAUCUGGGUCACCUAAACAAGCCAUCUAUCCAGGCACUAAUCCAUGGACUAAACAGACAUUACUAUUCCAUCACCAUCAACUACAGGAAGAAUGAACUAGAACAGAAGAUGCUGCUAAAUUUGCAUAAGAAGAGUUGGAUGGAAGGUUUGACACUUCAGGACUACAGUGAACAUUGCAAACUCAAUGAAACAGUAGUCAAGGAGAUGUUAGAAUUAGCUAAGAAUUAUAACAAGGCUGUUGAAGAAGAAGAUAAGAUGACACCUGAACAGCUGGCAAUAAAAAAUGUUGGCAAGCAGGACCCUAAACGUCAUUUAGAAGAGCAUGUGGAUGUGCUGAUGACCUCAAACAUUGUCCAGUGUUUAGCUGCUAUGUUGGAUACAGUUGUAUUUAAAUAACUGAUUUACCGUUGGUGAUACUUUCUGUGUAUAUUUGUUUAUUGUUUCUAAUACAAAACAGAGGUUGUUGAGGCUCUAUUUGAUUAAACGGAGACACCUGACUUCAUUUGCAAUGUAAGUGCAGCACUAUAACACCUCUCAGUCUAAUUGUGUAUUUGCUUCAGUUUCUUUAUGUCAGGGUCCUCACAGAUUCCAAAGCAUUCAAGAACACAAUGUGGGGAAAAAAUGGAAUACAUUUUCAUUUAAUAUUUGGGGGGAAAAAUCAGUAGUACAUAUAUAUUUUGAUUGUUGCAACAUAAUAAAAAUACAUUUACAUAUCUGUCUUAA